CAGGGUGGCGGCAUGGCUCAGGGUGGUGGCUCUCCCCUCACGGUUCUUCCCUCACAGUUCCCCUCAGAAUGUUUUCCCUCAGCUGGAUAUUUGUGCUAAAACACAGAGGAACCUCUGUGGGCACCUGCCAUGCUUCCCACACACCCUGAGUCUCUGCAGCAUGUCUGGGGAUGCCUGCUGUUGAAAUAUACAGCCUCCAUGUGGACAGCAAGGUCACAUCACGAUUUGCUCACACUGUCAUCACCAGCAGAAUUGUCAACCGAGCCAAUGAGUCCCGAGAGGCCACCUUUGAAGUGGAAUUACCCAAGACAGCCUUCAUCACCAACUUCUCCAUGUCCAUCGAUGGUGAAGUAUACCCAGGAAUAAUAAAGGAGAAAGCUGCUGCUCAAAACGAGUAUGACUCGGCAGUCUCACAAGGACAGAGUGCUGGCCUCGUCAAAAUUACAGACAGAAAGCUGGAGCAGUUCCACGUGUCCGUCAGCAUCGCGGCUGCCAGCAAAGUCACUUUUGAGCUGACCUACGAGGAGCUGCUGAAGCGGCAGCUGGGGAAGUACGAGCUGCUCCUCAAGGUCCGGCCCAAGCAGCUGGUUAAGCACUUCCAGAUCGAUGUGCACAUCUUCGAGCCCCAGGGCAUUCGCUUCUUGGAGACAGACAGCACAUUCAUGACAAACGAGUUAAGUGAGGCGCUCACCAAAGAGCAGAACGAAACCAAGGCUCAUAUUUUAUUUAAGCCAACUCUAGAUCAACAGAAGAAAAAUUCUGAACUUGAUGAAACGCUCCUCAAUGGUGAUUUUGUUGUGCGUUAUGAUGUUAAGAGAGAAGCCACUGCAGGUGAUAUACAGAUUGUCAAUGGGUAUUUUGUCCAUUACUUUGCACCCCAAGAAAUGCCAGUGUUUCCCAAAAAUGUCAUCUUUGUUAUAGACCGAAGUGGCUCCAUGACAGGCAGAAAAAUUGAACAGACAAGGGAUGCCCUGUUGAAGAUUUUGCAGGACCUCCGCCAAGAAGAUCAUUUCAGCUUUAUCACCUUCAACCACAAAGUGGUGGAGUGGAAGAGCUCUUUGCUGCCAGCCACUGAGGAGAAUGUGGCCAGUGCAGCAGCACUGGUGCAGACUCUCACUGCCAGGGGAGGCACAGACAUCAGUGGUGCCCUGCUGGCUGCCGUGGGCGUGCUGCAGAAAGCCCAGGGGCUGCCAGAGCGCAGCGUCUCCAUGAUUAUUCUGCUGACAGAUGGGCAGCCCACUUCUGGUGAGAGAAAUGUGGAAGUAAUUCAAGAAAACAUUCAGAAAGCAAUCAAUGGGAAAUAUGCUCUUUUCUGCCUUGGCUUUGGGUUUGAUGUCAGUUAUAAAUUCCUGGAGAAAAUGGCCCUGAGCAAUGGGGGAAUAGCACGGCGUAUCUAUGAAAAUGCUGAUGCAGCCCUGCAGCUCCAGGGCUUUUAUCAAGAAGUGGCUACCCCAAUAUUAAUGCAAAUUGAAAUGCAGUAUCCAGAAAAUUCCAUUGAAGGAUUAACUGAGAACAAUUUCAAGCUGUUUUUUGAAGGAUCUGAAAUUAUAGUGUCUGGAAAAAUUAGCAAUGAGCUGGAUCUUUUGCCAGUGGAAAUUAAAGCUCAGACACACACAAGUAACUUGACUCUUAAGGAAGAAGCAAAUGUCAAAGAGAAGGAGCAAAUAUUCCAAAAUCAGAGAUACAUCUUUGGGAAUUUCAUAGAGAGACUGUGGGCUUACUUGAGCAUUCAGCAGCUUCUGGAAAAAGCUAUUUCAGCCCAAGAAGAGGACCGGAAGGCCCUGGAGGCCCAAGCCUUGGAUCUGUCCCUGCAGUACAGCUUUGUCACACCACUCACUUCCAUGGUGGUCACCAAGCCCCAGCAGCAGGAGGAGCUGGCAAACAAACCCACCGAGGCUGAUAAUGAGAAGCCCAACAGUCUUCCAGCAGGAGGUCGACGGCCCGCUGAGCUCCAAACUGUCAGCAACAGGAAGAUGUUUUCAACAGUUUCCAGGCUCAGAGUUGCCAUGAGAGCACAACCUAUUGCCAAUGAACAUCCACAACUUCUCUUGCAAUUACCCAGACAAAAUGAAACAAUCUGCUUAAAUAUUGAUAAGACAGCACAAACCUCUAUCCACCUGCUGUCAGAUCCAGAGCAAGGACUCACUGUGACGGGGAAACUCGGAGAAGGAAUAAAUCACUUUGUGCAGUUUGAUAUUAACUAUGUGAAUCCCCCCGUGCAAAUCCAUGUCUACACUCAUGCGAUUCUUGUAAGCCACAAUAACAACAACAAUUGGAUAUCUUGGACAAAGUCAACCUCCUCCACCAUCCAGGGGCUGCAAGUGUCAGUUGAAAAGGAAAGGAGUGUUACAGCAUCGCUGCCUGAUACAGUCACAGUAAAAAUCUCCUUGGUCAGGUUUCCAGAUGAUUUCCUUGGCCUCUAUUUCUUGAACACCGACCGCUUUUCGGACAAAGUCACUGGAGUCCUGGGUCAAUUUUAUUCAAAAGCACAAUUUGGGAGUAACUCCAACAACGAUCAGAGAGCUGUGGAAAGACUCCUGAGAGUGUCUGGAUCUGAGCACAAAGUUUCCAGGUUGUACAAGAAAGAUUACAGGCUUGAGUCAGCCAAUGAACCUGUUUCCUGCUGGUCAAUAGAUCUAACUCCCUAGAGAAAAAUUCGGUGAAGAAAAUUAUGCAAAUGAAGCUCUUCCAAGUAUUUUUGGUACUUUCAUCAAGAAAAUCACACAGUUAAAGCCUUCCUGUUGCUCUAUGUAUGUGUCACAAAUAUUUUAUCUUGAAAUAAUUAUACUUUCAAGAUAUGACAGUCUUUGCUUGUUUGCUGUUUGAAAAUGGUUUCUAAUCUGCAAUGUGGUUUCGUUGUUGAAGAUUUAUGUAAAUGAACUGAAUAAAAUUGACAUUAUCAGCUAACAGUUUGGUAUGGACACAUGGACUUAGGUUUCCAAAGGAAAAUCAGUAGUGGCAUCAUCCAAGCCAACAAAUGUGUCAUGCAAACAGUAACAGAUCUCUAAAACUUUAUCCAGUUAUAGAUUACUGUGGUCUUGAACCAUGCAUUUUGGGAAAACACCAUGAAGUUUGAGGCAGUAUUAGUUUACCAUGUCUCUCAUUUUCUAUUUUAUUGCUGUAUCAGGGCUCUCUUGGAGGUUGUCCUGUGAGACCAUUCAAAUCUCAUGAUAUCAGCAGUGAAUGGGGUGAUGCAAACCCACACCAGCUGUGCUCCAGUUCAUUCUUGCAAAAGUCUCUGAGGCUCCCUUUUGGAAACAUCUCCAGAACAGCCACUGGCUGUUUGCAAAACCUCUGGUUGCAAAACACUGCAUUUCAACCCCAAAAGUUAGCAGCUUUUUUUGGCUCAAUUUCAUAUACUUUGCAAAUACUGGAAGACAUUUUACAAAUAAUGAACACCUCAAACCCAACCUACUGUGCACAGAGGUAACACUGCAGAGUAAAAAUACACACAGAAGCCUCUGCCCAUGGAAUCCAAGCUGUAGUUUCAGUCUUCUGCUUUUUCAGCCCGAAGUUGCUGGUGUGCCUGGCUGCUGCAGCUCCCAAAUCCAUGUAGUGCUGCUUGCCCUCUGCACUGUGCUUUCCAUUCUGAUUUUGCUCUUCAAAAACGCCUGUAUCUCCUAUAAAUUUAGCAACAAAUAUCUGCCUGUGCAUUUGGAGGAAGUUGCUUAGAAGAGACUGGGAACAAUAUAAUCUGUGUGAACACCAUCUAUCAGCCCAGCUCCAUUGUCAUGGACAAACCAGCAAGGAAUAUCAACCCCGUGUGCAGGAUCUCUUCUGUAAUCCUUCUGCCAGCCCCUGAAAGGGAAAACACAACCAUGGGAGCACUGAGACCCAGGAUGAAUUUCAAGUAUGGUGAAGUCAAUGGGCCGGAAAAACUGUCCUAAAAAGAGAAGCUAAAAUUACCAUUUCAGACAUUAAAACAGAAGCAAGCCAAAGAGAAAUCCCAAAAUUUCUACAUUCCUGUGCCUGUUUCUAUGUCCCUUCAGAGUCUGGAUUGGAUAAGCAAACACCAAGUUUCAGGAAUUUGGGUGAUUCUGUUAAUACUGACUGGAUGAUUCAACACAUUGAUUUGUGAAUUGAGACUUCAGGACAUUGAGCCACUGGUAUCCAAUACAAAAAUAAUAUUCUUGGACAACUUCGGAAGAUUUGUUGGUGCAAAGAAGUGUACAAAAUAGCCAUUGACAAUCUGAAAAAGAGAAUAUUAAAAAAAACCCCACAACACCACCAAAACGUUUGGUACAUUAUAAAGGUAAAACAGAUAGAGGAGAUAUUACUCUGAUUUAAUGUCUAUUAUCUGAGUGGUCUAAAAGGUUUUAAUGGCCCUGAUCAGUCUCACCUCUGUCCAUGGGCCCAGGGGUGUCAUUUAAGUGCAAGACUGGGUCUUUAGUCUUUAGACACUGAGCUACAGUGUCAGAACAGCUGCAGUGUCCUGUCUCCAGCUGUGCCACAGCUGUACCUGUUCCCAUCCAUGGACUCCACCGUUUUGGAUCCCACCCUGAAGACUGACUGCUGCUCCCACUCAGCUGCCUGUCCCUCAGGAAACAGCUAGCCCUCACUUAUCCCUGACCUUUACUGUGAAAGUUAAACUGUUCAACAGUUCAGAGUUUCAAGUUGUUAGACUUGCCUGCAAAUUAUCUGGAGUUGUUCUCUUCACAUCAUAUCUUACAGUAAAAUCCCCAUCCAAGACAGACUCUGAGCAACUUGCACAUUUUCUCUGCUGGUCAAGGGUUGGCUUGAAAGAGACAUGGCCCUGAAAAGAAAAGCCUUCCUUAGAUCUGACCCUUAAUAGCUGAAAAUCUUCUACUGAACACGUCUGCAUUUUUUAAAGCUGAUAUAUUUAUUUUAACAGACAUGAGAAUAGCCUGUUUUAUUGGGUUAGCUACUAGAUUGUAUGAAUCCAUAGGUACUUAGAAAUUUAUUGGUGGUAACUGACACGUGAAGGCUGCUAUCCAGGGCUUUCUCCAUAUGCUUACUUCCCCAUCUGCCUUGGGUCAGCUCUUUACUCUGAAAAACACCUUUGCUAAAGCUGUUGCAUGUUUUAGGAAUUCUACUACCCCCAUACAAGGGAAAACUACUUGUUAGUAAUUUAGUUUUUCUGUAAGAGAUAAUCUUACUGGUAUCCAGGCUUCUUGCUGCCAUUGUUAGCACUGAAAUUAUUAUUUCAGAAUUAUAACCAUAAUAUGUAAAUCAUGGAAUGCAGUAAUCAAUGUACCUUUUUUCCUGAAAAAGAUUUUUUAAUGGUAUUUUGGAGCUCAUUGGUGAUGAAUGUUCCUUCUGCUUCCAGCUCAGUGAUACCCUGGGGCUCAAAGAUAUCUACUUCAAUCUGAAAUAUUAAUUGAAAAUGUACUGUCAUUGAUUAAACCACAAUACAUCAACUCAGCCAUUUACAGGAGGAUCAGUGACUACAGGUGUGAAAGAGGGAUUUUCAUAAAAAUAAAGAAAUUUACUUUUGUAAUUCGUAACAGCAGUCCAAAUCUGCACUUGUGUGGUGGACACAUCUUCAGCCAAAGAAGAUGUUUCAAACACAGAAGUUAAAAACAAAGCUAGAAAUAAGUAAACUUUAAUAGAAAUGUGACUUGUUGGAGUCAAGUCAAUAUCCUACCAAGGCAGAUAGACACAAAAAGCUGCAGUAUUCCAGAAUGCAACAUAUGCACCACUGUGAUUUAAAGAUGGUGUUGUUUCACAGUGGUGUGAGAAAGCUGGAGUUUAUGUUAUAAAGGUAUAUACAAUUACUCCAAGGCAUUGUAUUAGCUUUUUCAGGUUUUCAUACAAGAUUUCUUUUGGAAUGCUCAGUAGAUGAGCAACUUUUUCAGGUUUACAAGUAAAAGCCUGCAUUAAAGCAUACUGAUGAGUACUGCCCAUGGGACUCAUGAGAAAUGUUAUCAUGGCCUUUAGCUCACCUGUAAAUGGGACCAAUGGGAAUGACUAUGGUACUCCACUUUCAAUAGAUAUGCAGAAUUCCAUCAUCUCUUAAAUUACAGACAAAUUUGAUCAGUUUGCCAUUUACCUCAAAAUCUUUGAC